GAGCAAACUUCUCACUAUCUACGUUUAGAUUAACGAGAAGCGAUCAAAAUGGUGAACAAUAUGGAUCACGGUUUGCCCAAGUUUUCUCUUCUAGGUUAUGAUGAUUGGAAGAUCAUGAUGGAAGCACACCUCUACGCUCUACAUGAUUGCAUGUGGAUGGUGCUUGAGGAUGGACCCUUGAAAAUCCAAAUGGAGAAUCCUGAGAGGAAUCCAGCAACUCCAGACGUAGUCCAGUACAUUCCAAAGCCCAAGGAAAAAUGGGAUGAUAGAGAUUGCAAAAAGCACAAUCUGGACAACGUCGCCAAAGCAGCCAUCUUCAAGACACUUGAUCCCAUCACCUUCUCCAAAAUCAAGCAUCUCAAGACUGCCAUGGAGAUAUGGCAAGGUCUUGGGAAGCUAUGUGAGGGAUCAGAGGACUUGAGAAAGCAGAAGGUAGAAGUCCUGCUUGAGAAGUUUAAAAGCUUCAAAAUGCUUCCCAGAGAAUCAUUCGAUAUGUUGGAUGAAAGAUUCCACAAAAUCUUGAAUGAUCUUGCCUCACUUAACCACGUUCUUUCUCCCAAAGAAAAGAAUGUAAGGUUGCUGAGAUCUCUUCCAACUGAGUGGUACACCAAAGCCACAGCCAUGGAAGAAGGAAGAAACCUAGAAAACUACACUGUCCAAGGUCUCCUUGAUGAGCUCAGAACCUAUGAGCACGAGCUGAAGAAGAAGAAGGAAGAACAAGUCACUCCCUUCCCCACGGCACUGAUGACGACUCCAAGAGUCCCAUCAAGUGAAUGGACAUGUCCAAGAAGCUGUGACACACCUUCCUCCAGCCAGCCGUCAAGCUCAAAAAUGGAGAACUACGAUGAGGAAUUUGCCAUGAUGGUCAAGCAAUUCCGGAAGUUCAAGAAGUUCUUCAAGAAAGCUGACUCAGUCAGAAGGCUAACCAAGGGAAAGCCACAAGUAAGUGACUCUCCUCCUGAAUCUUAUUUGUGUUAUAACUGCAGGAAGCCUGGUCACUGGAAGUCAGCAUGCCCGUACCCAAAGGUGGAAAAGUACGGAGAAAGAGAAAGGAACGAGAAGAAAAAGAAGGCAAUGGUUGCUGCUGAAAGUGAUGAGUCAUCCAGCUCAAGCUCGGAUGAAGAAGCCCUCAUCUGCAUGGAGCGCAGAGUUGAAAAGUCCAACCAAGAGGAUAGGUGGACUAUGUCAGAAGGUGACACUCUCUGCCUAAUGGCCAAAGAUGAUGCCAAUCAAGAGGUAACCUCACAAACCUCCUGCUCAUCUUCUUAUGAAAGCAUACCAACUUCUGAAAAUCUUUUUGACCAGUUCAAAAAGAUGAUGGUAGAUUUUGAGGAAAUAAAUCUCAAACACUCUUCCUUAACAGAGGAGAACAAACUAUUGAGUGAAGAGAAUCUCAAAUUGACUGAAGGUCGAAAAAGUCAACUGGAUGAAAUCACUCAACUCAAGACUGAAAAUGAAUCUCUCUCUGAAAAGGUGAAAUCCCUUAACAAAGAACUAGGGACACUUAAGUCCAAAGAAGCAGUGGAUAAGCUUCUUGAAACGACCAAACAUAAGGGUCGUGAAGGACUUGGGUUUGACCCCUUCAGUUCCAAAAGAAAAGGGAGAACAACCUUCAUCCCUCCUAAACCUACUGCUAAACCAAAUAAGCAGAAAGGAAAGGAAAAGGAGAAACCAACAGAAGUUCCCAAAAAGGUAGUCCCUCCUAAGAACUAUAGGAAGCUGGACAGACCUCAAAGAGGAAAUAAUUUCAGAAGAAAACCUUCUAACCCCCAUUAUACACGA